AUGACAAUUCUAGAACUAUUCACUGAAACUAUUGAGAGACUUGAGAGGAGCCAAUAUUCAACUAUAAGCUAUGUAUAUCCUGUGAUACAAAAAAUUAAAACAAGAUUAAGUGUUUUUUUUGAUCCUAUUGAUGAAGAUAAUAACAAUCAAGAUGAAUUAAAGAAUGUAUUUGAUGAACUGCAAAUUAAAUAUAAUGUAAAAGAUGAACCAAAAAUAAAACAAAAGAUUAAAAUCAAUAGGCCAAUUAAUAUGUUUGGAUUAAUUGAUAUGAUUAAAG